ACAAGGCGAGGAAAUCUGUGGGUAAAGUUUUAGAUACUUUUAUAUGUCUCCAAAAUGUUGCAAUAGUCCCAGAACUGUACAGAAGUGAUCAGUUGGUUAUUUUCACCGUGUUGGAGCUGACAGACCGGAGCAGAACAUGGUUCUCCAGAACAGUGGACGAUUCAAAGCGGACCGAGGACAAAGUGGAGGAGAUCAGGAAAACCAGGAUGAUGGAUCCUCCAUGUCGGCUCUCAAGAGGCUGGAGCGAAGCCAGUUUACAGAUGAGAUGGACACUCGCUUUGGAUUUGAGAGGAUGAAGGAGCCGGGGGAGAAAACAGGCUGGCUCAUCAACAUGCACCCUGCAGAAAUCCUGGAUGAAGACAAGAGGCUGAUCAGCGCUGUGGACUAUUACUUUAUUCAGGAGGAUGGAAGCAGGUUUAAGGUGGCUCUCCCGUUCAAGCCAUAUUUCUAUGUAGCUACUAAAAAGAAUUGUGAAAGAGAAGUGAUCUCUUAUUUGUCAAGGAAAUUUCAAGGAAAGGUGGCAAAGCUUGAAAUUGUCCCAAAGGAGGACCUCGACCUGCCAAACCAUCUAGUCGGACUGAAAAGAAGCUACAUCAAGCUGUUAUUUAACACCGUGGAUGAUCUUGUCAAAGUUAAACGUGAGAUCUCUCCAGCUGUAAGAAAGAACCGAGAGAAAGAACAGUCCAAUGAUGCUUACACCUCGAUGCUGUCAAGCGCCUUAUCAGGUGGCAACAUGACAUCAACAGAUGAAGACGGCAUGAUGAAGAGUAUUUCAGAUCAGUUGGACAAUAUUGUGGACAUGAGAGAGUACGACGUGCCCUACCAUGUGCGGGUGUCUAUCGACCGCAAGAUCCACGUGGCUCACUGGUACAAUGUCCGAUACAGAGGCAGCGCUUUCCCCCCAGAGAUUAUACGAAGAGAUGAUCUUGUGGAGCGACCGGACCCGGUUGUUUUAGCUUUUGACAUAGAGACCACCAAACUUCCGCUGAAAUUCCCGGAUGCAGAGACUGAUCAGAUUAUGAUGAUCUCCUACAUGAUUGAUGGCCAAGGGUUUCUAAUCACAAACAGGGAAAUUGUCUCUGAGGACAUUGAAGAUUUUGAAUUCACUCCCAAACCUGAAUAUGAAGGGCCUUUCACAGUUUUCAAUGAGGAUAAUGAGGCAGCCCUCAUUCAGAGGUGGUUUGAUCACGUCCAAGAAACAAAACCGAACAUUUUUGUUACCUACAACGGAGACUUCUUUGACUGGCCUUUUGUUGAAAUGCGAGCUGCCACCCAUGGACUGUCCAUGCAUAGGGAGAUCGGUUUCCAGAAGGACAACCAGGGAGAGUACAAGUCCAGUCAGGCUCUCCACAUGGACUGUUUAAGGUGGGUAAAGAGAGACAGUUACCUGCCUGUUGGAAGCCAUAAUCUGAAGGCAGCAGCAAAAGCCAAACUAAGCUACGACCCCGUGGAGCUGGACCCAGAGGAGAUGUGUCGCAUGGCAACUGAGGAGCCGCAGACUUUAGCCACAUAUUCUGUGUCAGAUGCAGUGGCCACGUAUUACCUCUACAUGAAAUAUGUUCACCCCUUUAUCUUUGCUCUGUGCACAAUCAUCCCCAUGGAACCUGAUGAGGUUCUGCGAAAGGGAUCUGGGACUCUGUGUGAAGCCCUGCUCAUGGUGCAGGCUUUUCACGCCAAUAUCAUCUUCCCCAAUAAGCAGGAGCAGGUUUUCAACAAACUGACUGACGACGGCCAUGUGAUGGACUCUGAGACCUAUGUUGGAGGCCACGUGGAGGCACUGGAGUCUGGAGUGUUUCGCAGUGACAUCCCCUGUCGUUUCAAAAUGAACCCAGCUGCAUUUGACUUCCUGUAUCAAAGAGUUGAGAGAACGAUGCGUCAUGCCAUUGAGGAAGAGGAGAAAAUACCCUUGGAGCAAGUCACAAACUUUAAUGAGGUCUGCGAUGAGAUCAAGAACAAACUGAUGUCCCUGAAGGAGGUUCCAAACAGGAUCGAGUGCCCCCUCAUUUACCAUCUGGACGUCGGGGCCAUGUACCCCAAUAUCAUCCUCACCAACCGCCUUCAGCCAUCAGCUAUGGUCGAUGAAGCCAUUUGUGCUGCAUGUGACUUUAACAAACCUGGAGCCAGCUGUCAGAGGAGGAUGACCUGGCAGUGGAGAGGGGAAAUUAUGCCCGCCAGCCGCAGUGAGUUUCACCGAAUCCAGCAGCAACUUGAGUCAGAGAAGUUCCCACCUCUUUUCCCCAACGGUCCACCUCGGGCCUUCCAUAUUCUGAACCGAGAGGAGCAGGCCAAGCAUGAGAAGAAACGUCUGGCAGACUACUGUAAAAAGGCUUAUAAGAAGACACACAUCACCAGGCUGGAGGAGCGAGUCACCACCAUCUGUCAGAGAGAAAACUCCUUCUAUGUCGACACAGUGAGAGCGUUCAGAGAUCGCCGAUACGAAUUCAAAGGACUUCAUAAGGUGUGGAAGAAGAAACUGUCUGCAGCUCAGGACAGCGGAGAUGCUGCAGAGGUGAAGCGCUGCAAGAACAUGGAGAUCCUGUAUGAGUCUCUUCAGCUUGCUCACAAGUGUAUUCUCAACUCUUUCUAUGGUUACGUCAUGAGGAAAGGAGCGCGCUGGUACUCCAUGGAGAUGGCAGGCAUCGUGUGUUACACUGGAGCAAACAUUAUCACUCAGGCCAGAGAGCUCAUUGAACAAAUAGGGAGGCCACUUGAGUUGGACACUGAUGGUAUCUGGUGCGUCCUCCCCAACACGUUUCCUGAGAACUUUGUGGUGAAGACGAGUAAUGAGAAGAAACCUAAAGUGACCAUCUCCUACCCGGGGGCCAUGCUGAACAUCUUAGUGAAAGAGGGAUUCACCAACGAUCAGUACCACGAGCUGGUCGACCCCGCAUCCCUCACUUACAAUAUCAGGUCAGAGAACAGCAUCUUCUUUGAGGUGGACGGACCGUAUCUGGCCAUGAUCCUUCCUGCCUCUAAAGAGGAGGGGAAGAAGCUGAAGAAAAGGUACGCUGUGUUCAAUGAGGAUGGUUCUCUGGCUGAGCUAAAAGGUUUUGAAGUGAAAAGAAGAGGAGAGUUGCAGCUCAUUAAGAUAUUUCAGUCAUCUGUGUUCGAGGCUUUCCUCAAAGGCACCACUCUGGAAGAGGUCUACGCCUCUGUGGCCAAAGUGGCAGACUACUGGCUGGAUGUGUUGUACAGCAAGGCUGCCAACAUGCCAGAUGCAGAGCUCUUUGACCUAAUUUCAGAGAAUCGAUCGAUGUCUAGAAAGCUGGAGGACUAUGGAGAGCAGAAGUCGACUUCUAUCAGCACCGCUAAGAGACUGGCUGAGUUCCUGGGAGAUCAAAUGGUGAAAGAUGCUGGCCUGAGCUGUCGAUAUGUCAUCUCCAGAAAACCUGAAGGUUCCCCUGUCACUGAGAGAGCCAUUCCUUUAGCCAUUUUCCAAGCAGAGCCCAGUGUGAAAAAGCAUUUUCUUCGAAAGUGGUUGAAGAUGCCCAGCCUACAUGACCUGGACAUCCGCUCUAUCCUUGACUGGAGUUACUACAUAGAGAGAUUGGGGAGUGCCAUUCAGAAAAUCAUCACCAUCCCUGCAGCUCUUCAGCAGGUAAAGAAUCCAGUGCCAAGAGUGAGGCAUCCUGACUGGCUUCACAAAAAACUCCUGGAGAAGAACGACAUCUACAAGCAAAAAAAAAUCAGUGAGCUAUUCACCAGUGAGGGAAAGAGACAGGUGGCUCAUCAGCCUCUCGAACCGGGCCAGGCAGCUGACAUCGAGGACUUUGGGAUGCCACCCAAACCUCUGCAGCCUGCGAUCCUCAUCAGUACCAAGCGAAAGAGGGCCUCACAGGGGGAGGACAGCCAGGUGGAGUCUCAGGACAUUGAACUCACCCAGUCCUGGAGAGAGAUACUGGGUCCCCCUCCACCAAAGGGAACAACAAAGGAGGAGCGUCUGGUGUGGCUACGCUACCACAAGAAAAAAUGGGAGCUGCAACUGAGGCAGAGGAAGGAGAGAAAGAAGAGGAGGAGGCUGUUGGAUGGUGAAGCUCAUCCUUCUGGGGGAGGUGUGAUCAGGGGCGGCCCCACUACCGGACUGGGGAGUUUCCUCCGAAGAACAGCACGCAGCAUCCUGGACAUGCCUUGGCAAAUCGUACAGAUUGCAGAAACGAGUCACCCUGGUUUGUACAAGCUGUGGGCUGUGAUUGGGAAUGACCUCCACUGCAUGAAGCUCAACAUCCCACGAGUCUUUUAUGUCAACCAGAAAGUCCCAAAACAGGAGGAGGGACUCACUUACAAGAAGGUGAACCGCAUGCUGCCUCGCUCCAACAUGGUGUAUUACCUGUAUGAGUACAGUGUACCAGAGGACAUGUACCAGGAGCACAUCAAUGAGAUCAAUGCUGAUCUCUCUGCCCCAGAUAUUGAGGGAGUCUACGAAACACAGGUCCCCUUGCUGUUUCGUGCACUUGUGCAGCUUGGAUGUGUUUGUAUGGUUAAUAAACAUGUUGUGAGGGACCUUGCUGGCAGGGAGGCUGAUACUUUUGACCUUGAUCACCUGGAGAUGCGUUCUUUGGCUCAGUUCAGCUACCUGGAACCUGGGAGUGUUCGCCACAUGUACCUGUAUCACCACAGCCAGGGUCACAAGGCACUGUUUGGUCUUUUCAUCCCAUCUCAGCGCAAAGCCAGCAUCUUCAUCUUGGACACAGUUCGAAGCAACCAGAUGCCAAACCUGAGUAAUGUCUACACAGCUGAACGCACUGCCCUCCUGGAGAAAACCACAGAGGAGCUCCUCCCUCCACAGAAUCACAAUUUUGAAGUCAGAGCUGAAAACGAUAUAAAGGCUAUCAACCGUGCACUUCAGCGCAUAUUACUGAACUACAAGGAGGAGCGUCGGGGACCCACCCUCAUCGCAGUGCAGUCAAACUGGGAGUUGCGGCGACUGGCAGCAGGGAUGCCGGUGCUUGAGGAGUUCCCAGUUGUUCCAGUACAUGUGGUCGAUGAGAUCAGCUAUAAUGUGCUGGACUGGCAGCGGCAUGGUGCCCGGCGCAUGAUACGCCACUAUCUCAACCUGGACAGCUGCCUGUCACAGGCUUUUGACAUGGCAAGGUAUUACCACUUACCAGUAGGGAACCUGCCUCAGGACGUGUCCAUAUUUGGUUCAGACUUGUUCCUUGCAAGACAUCUACGGAAACACAACCACCUGCUGUGGCUUUCACCCACAGCCAGACCUGACCUCGGAGGCAAAGAGGCUGAUGACAGUCGUCUGGUCAUGGAAAGUGAUGACAGGUGCUCUGUGGAAAUCAAUGCUCAAGGAUGCUAUUCCACAGUCUGUGUGGAGCUCGACCUGCAGAGCCUGGCAGUGAACACAAUCCUCCAGUCACAGCAUGUCAAUGACAUGGAGGGCGGAGCCAGUUUGGGUGUCAGCUUUGACGUGAUCCAGCAGGCCUCUUUGGAGGACAUGAUGUCAGGAAACCAGGGAGCCAGUGCUCUGGCCAGCUAUGAUGAGACCGCUCUCUGUUCCAACACAUUCAGGAUUCUGAAGAGCAUGGUCGUUGGAUGGGUCAGGGAGAUCACACAGUACCACAAUGUGUAUGCGGACAACCAGGUGAUGCACUUCUACCGCUGGCUGCGCUCCCCCAGCUCGCUGCUCUACGACCCUGCACUGCACCGCACACUACACAACAUGAUGAAGAAGGUCUUCCUUCAGUUGAUUGCUGAGUUCAAGCGCCUUGGCUCCACUGUGGUGUACGGAAACUUCAACAGGAUCAUCUUGUGCACUAAAAAACGGCGGAUAGAUAAUGCCAUAGGCUAUAUAGAAUACAUCACUAACAGCAUACACUCCAGGGAAAUCUUCCACUCGUUGUCUAUCUCCUUCUCUCGAUGCUGGGAGUUCCUGAUGUGGAUGGACCCGGCUAACUAUGGUGGGGUGAAGGGCAAGCUGCCAUCCAGCGUCUUGUAUGGAGAGGGAGGAGCUAAGCGGAAGAAAACUCAACAGCAAGAGGGAGCAGAGGAUGGCAGCGAGGAUGAGGAAGAAGAUGAGGAAGACGCCAGAGCUGAGGAAGACGAUGCUGAUGAAGAGACAGAUGAGGUGGAGGAGUUGAUUGAGAGCAACUGGAACAUCAUGCAGUAUCUGCCUCAAACCGCCUCCUGUCAGAAAUACUUCCUCAUGAUUGUCUCUGCCUACAUUGCAGCCAUCUACCACAGCAUGAAGGAGGAGGUGCGACGUAACGCACCUGGAGCAACACCCAUUAAAAGACGUGGAGGCAGCCAGGCUUCCCAGCAGGCAAUGGGGGACAUGAGUGCUCUUCCUGGAAUGAUCUCCUUCUCGCAGGAAUAUGUGUCCAGUGAGCUGACUCAGAACUUUUUUACCAUUACUCAAAAAAUCCAAAAAAAAGUGACAGGUACCAAAAGUGUGACACAGCCAUCAGAGAUGUUCCCCAUCCUACCUGGUUCACACCUCCUACUUACCAACCCAGCUCUGGAGUUCAUCAAAUAUGUCUGCCAGGUCCUUUCAUUAGACGCUAACAUUGCAAACCAGGUGAACAAGCUAAAGAGAGACCUUCUGCGCCUUGUAGAUGUUGGAGAGUUCUCUGAGGAAGCCCAGUUUCGUGAUCCGUGCAACUCUUACAUAUUACCAGAAGUCAUCUGCCACCACUGCAAUUUCUGCCGGGACCUUGAUCUCUGCAAGGACCCAUCUAUGGCACAAGAUGGAUCUGUGUUGCCUCAGUGGUUCUGUUCCAACUGCCAGGCUCAGUAUGAGACAGAGUCUAUUGAGAUGGCACUGGUGGAAGCCUUGCAGAAGAAACUCAUGAGCUACACACUGCAGGACUUGGUAUGCACCAAAUGUAAAGGAGUGAAGGAAGCCAACAUGCCUCUCUACUGCAGCUGUGCAGGAGACUUUGACCUCACUUUCUCGGCCAAGAGCUUCUCUGAGCAGAUCAUGGUGUUUCAGAACAUAGCAUCCCACUACAACAUGAGCUUUUUGGAGGAAACUAUCGAGUGGCUGCGUGGGAUGAGUCCACAGAUCAACCAGAGCACUCACAAAAUAUAACAUCUUCCACAGACGUCCAGUUCUGCUCUUAUUACAUCUGCAACAGCUGCUGAUUCAUUUAAUCAGGGACAUUAUCCAUGUGAAAGUUUUCCUGUCAACGCAAUGAGUUUUGCUUCUGUGAUAAAUGUGAUGGUGAAUGACUUAGAACAGCAGAAUGGCAGAUGUACAUAUGUUUGAAUUUUGUCAUAUACAUUUACAAAAUGUCUGAAUCUUAGCUGUUAAAUGUCAAUAAAUAAUGAGUUUUAAGUGGUGUUAUGAGCCUAUGUGAUAAACACAGUAUUAAUAUUUAUUGCUAGUUUGAAUUUAGGUCCAAAUUAAGAACUCGUAAAAAAACAAAAAAGUCCUGAAUACUAUUUUAUCCUGGGUCAUGUGCUGACAAGCCUCCUUCCUCACUGAGCUGCUAAUAUCUGUCAUGGCUCAAAUGCAGUUAAACACCCACAUCAAACCAAUCCAAAGGAUCUUUUUUUAUUGUUUUCGUUUCCCGGCACUUCUGAAUCAAAUGCAGAUAGACAUGGCUUUC